AUGGAUGAUUCUCUGAAUCAUGGUUUUUCAAACCUACACAUUGUUAAGCUGGAUAUGAUUACACAUAAUAUAGAUUUUGUUAGGUUUGAUUCUAUACUGAAAAAUAUGAGAUAUAUAUCUUUAGAACUAUAA